AUGGAAGCACAAUCUCCUCUUCGGACAAACUCCCGGUCCCGCGCCGCGGCCGCGGCCCAAACAAACCGUCGCUCGCUUCCAUCCAACGCCAGUAAACCGGCAAGGAAAGCGGUAAAUAAAGUGACAAAGCCAGAGGAUAAAGCACCAAACAAGAAUACGGAACGGGCGUUUGUCGGCGCCUCGCGUCGGGUCGAUCGGGACGCGCAGGACCGCCUGGGGUCCGCGCUGAAAGCGUCCGAGACGCACUACCAGCUGACCGGGAGACGUUUCCGGAUAACGCUGGAGGCCGUCUUGGGCGACGAGCAGUACGAGAGCGAGGACGACGCUCGCGUACCCCGUCGCGCCACCCUGCCCGCCAUCGCUGGGGACGCCCACUUCGCGAAGGUGGAGGUCGCCUUCGACCAGUCAUUUCCCGGCUACCGGGAGUACACAUGCAGGCGUCGUGCCCUCUCAGACACGACCAACCUGCACUCCCAGGCUGGCCUCGCCCUCCCGCCACCCCCGCCCGCCCCAGCCGUGUCGGCCGCCCCCUCCAUGUCGGGCAUCUCGCCUCUGUCGGGUGGGCCCCCCAUGCGCGGCCUCCCCCACCGUCCCCACGCCCUCCCCCACCCCCAUUCCAGUAACCUGAACAUCCCCCGGGGACUUCUCACCCACCCUAACGUUCAUUCACGUACCCCUUCACACUAUCCUCGCCCCGGCGUGCCCCCAGACACCUGCCGUCUAACCCACCAACCCAGUUCAAGUCACCCUUCGUCGACGCGGGCGGCGCGGCUGGGUACAGGGUCACAACCCGUAGACAGAGUCGGUGUCGGAGUCGUGGCUGGGCAAGGGGGGUUUGGGUUGGGACCAGUCGGUGUGGCUGGGGUUGAUGCAGGCGUUGCUGCUGCUGGCGCGGCUGCCUUGGGGGGUGUUGCUGCCUCGGGGAGCGGCGCCGGUGCCGGGGUGGUGGGCUUUGCGGGGCUGGGUCCCGGUCCCCAAGCGCCGUUGCUUGUUGGUGAUGUUUGUGUUGCCGCCGGCGGCGGUAUUACUUACGGCCUUGCCAAUGGUGCCGGUGCCGGUGAUCAGGCGGGCCGGGCUCCCGGACCCUCGAUGUCUCAGCGGGUGGUGCCGCGAUCGGGGCCGGUCCCGCCGCGGGUGUCGGUGUCGCCGCGCUCGAUGCCACUGCCGCCGCUGCCGGAGAACAUGGUUGUUGGCACCGGUGGUUUAUUCGAGGAGAUGAUCGAUGCCGAACCUCGACUCGGCUGUGCCGGCGGUAUGAACGACGCCUUGAUCUGGUAUUAG